UACUUGGAAUCUGUGACUGUGAUAUUGGUCCUCUUGAAUGCCAUUGUCCUGGGCAUAGAGUAUCAGGUGGAAGGUGAAGUCGUUGGUUUGGCCUUACUUGAAGGCAAGGAGCCAACUUCGGUUGCUGCAAGCACUGUCAAUAUUUUUUAUUGGUUUGAUUUCAUCUUUGACUUCACCUUCCUGCUGGAGUGGGCCAUUUGUUUGUGCAUUGCCAGGAAAAGGUUCUGCUUCACGGUGGAGCUCAUGGGAAACACUAUUUUUGGUUAUGUUUGGAUGUGCUGAAAUGGUCCUGAUUCUCUCGCGGAACGGCGGGGUAAACGUCUCGCUCACAGCGCUGCAUAUCAUCCACGCUGUGUCGUGCUUACGGAUUCUGCGAUGUUUCCGUGUGCUGAGACGGUUUCAAGGCCCCAAACUCCUCCUGACGGCCUGCAACAGCUUCCUUCAUUCCUUGUUUUGGGCCAUGGUAUUUCUUUCAUUGUUCAUGUCUACCAGCGCGCUGUUUAUUGGCAACCUGCUGCUGGAGUACUUCGUUGACAAGCGGAGCAUGGCAGAUAGGUUGUGGGUGUGGGAAAGAUAUGGUACGACCUUCCGUGCCAUCUACACGCUCUAUGAGAUUACCUUUAGCGGAAGCUGGCCGUCUCUCACACACCCUGUGAUCGACAAGGUUCAUGCUGCCAUGGUGAUUUUCUUUGUAGCGUACAUUACAGUGGUCGCAUUCGGCCUGAUUCGAGUGAUCACGGCAGUGUUUUUAAAAGCCACUUUAGACGCUGCCGCGGACGAUGCCGAGCAUUUGAUGACCGAGAGAUUGGUUAAGAAGGAGCAAUAUGCCCGAAAGUUGGAAGCCAUCUUCGGUGCCAUCGAUGAGGAAGGCGACGGCCAAAUCACCGAGGAACGCUUGGUGGAGGCCUUGGAGAGACCGCUGGUCAGAACUUAUUUCCAAACGUCCUUAGACUUGGACGUUCAUGAAAGCAAAGCUCUCUUCCACAUCUUGGAUGAUGGAGAUGGCACGGUGACCCUAGAGGAGUUCAUUGAUGGAAUGCUGCGCUGCAAAGGCAAUGCGAGAGCAAUUGACCAGGUCGCCACUCAAAGAGAGAUCAAGCACCUGGACCGAAAGAUGAGCAGCUGGCCCGAGCACUUGGCCGUGAUGGCCGGCCGGGGAGAGACGCCUUCGUGCCAUGGCGCCGGUGGCCGGAGAUCAAUGGUGAUUGUAACGGGAUUUCCCUUGAGCCUGGCCAUGGCUCAAAAAUGUGCGCUACGAAGCGCAGUUCUAGACCUAACCUGGAUCGGGACCUCACUACUGAGCGCUUUGCGCUGUGGUGAGGCGGGUUUCUUUGUGAAGAUGAAACAGUUCGACAUGGAAAGAAACAGUGGAAACUUCACAGUGUGGCCAAAUGGUGUUCAUGCAGUCACCGUGCAAAGUUGUGGUGCUCGUCAAAAAGCAGAAACAUCGACCACCACCCUCACCGCGGCUUGUGUGGCAGGACCCGGUCGGACCCAGCGCCUUCCACCCUGGCAGGUGGCUAGCCGUGUGCGUGCCACGCCCAUGGGGAGCGAACGUGUUUGCCGCUGCUUCGUUUGCGAUUCCCUGGAGGUGGCGCCCCCUGGCCCCGAGCCGCAGCACUUCCGGCGUCGCUGGACGCGGCCGUGUCCUGGCUGCGCACGCUUUGCCCAUCGCAGUUGCUUGGAGAGAAGGCUCUUGGCGCUUGAUGUAGGUGUUGACACCACAGUUUGCAUCACCGGGUUGACAACAGUCCAUGGCUCGAUGAUCAUAUACUUAGCACUGGCUGGCGUUGCCAGCCUGGCGUCCGAGUCACAGGUCUGUGUUGUACCUCAUCCCAGCAACGAAAACUGGACCUUGGACGGAGCCGAACUUCAGUACAAACUGCAGCGCUUCUUUGCCCAAAAGGGACCGCCCCCCUUGGAGGAAGUCUUCAUCUCCACUCAGAACUUGACUGUGGAGGUACAGGAGACCAUCAUGAAAGAGUGCCCAGGUCUGCUCAUCAGUGCGUUUUUGGUGUUGGCUGAGACACAGCUUCCCAUCUCACCCGAGAAAUCGGGAAAGGCAGUGGCAAAGGCGGACAGCUUGGCUCAGAGCUUGGAUGAAGCGAGCUAUGCAGAGCAGAUGCAGAUUUGGCCCAUUCAGGCUGCGUUUGAAAGCUACACCCGUGCGAUGCAAGAAGUGCAGGAUGCACAGAGGCAAACGGAACAUCUCGAGGUCCAGUUGGUGAUUUGCCACUGUCGUGAAUCCUUGGAUUGGCUUGCAGGACCGCGUUUCUACAUGCCAAAGACUGGAGCUGCACUGGACGUCUUCAUCUAUGAGAAAUGCAACUUCGACACCGACCUGUCAAAGAUGUCUGGGCACUUUCGAUCGGUCUCCAGAGUUCUGGUGGAUGACAAGGGGAUGCGGCGUGACGAAUGCUCGGGCUACCUCCAGCAUUUGAUCGACCACUACGAGGAGCCAGCAGACUACACUCUCUUCUUCCAAGCGGAUGCUGCUGAUCAUUUGCAUUGGGGCUAUCUAUCUUUGGUGAUGAAAUCUUUGGAGCUCCACAGCUUGACGUCUCCCUUCGUCCACCUGAACUACCCGCGGCUCAUCACGUCGCUGUCGCCCUGUCGCGCUGAAGUCUUUCGACAGAUCUUCGAUCGACCUCCAUCGAGGACCUUGGGCUCCUACUGCUGUGCUCAAUUUGCGGUUUCCAGGGCUCGCAUCAAAGGCAACCCUUUGGAGAGGUACCAACGUAUGCAGCAGAUGCUCUUCAGCGAGUCACCGGAAGUGUGUCAUGACAUUCCCGGGCAUCCCACUUUAUGUCUGAUGUUUGAGGUGUAUUGGCACGUUCUCUUCGGUGAGAAGGAUGAGCUUCCAACACGCGCGGAGAAUGCGGCACUGCAACUCUUUCUGCGAAUCAGAGAUUUGGAGAAUGAGUCGUGUCUUGCCAGACCGCCUCCUGAAAUGAAAGAACUUCUGGUGGAAGGGCCGCAGGGCCAUGGCUACUUGAAUGACUCUCGAGUUUUACAACCGUCUGUGCACGUGCUUCACAGUUGGUAUGUAAUUCAUAGAUGUUAA